AUGCCUCCAGGACCUGCGAGACGCAAAAAAUCAGUCAAGAAGGGACUCGGAUUUACCUUGAUGGUCGUCGGGGCCUCUGGUACAGGUCGGACGACCUUUGUCAACACUUUAGUCGACCAGAAGGGCUGGUUACCGCAUGCCGAUUCGAGCGACCCGAUCGCGGCUGCUGAAGGUACUUCUCACAUCAAGGUGGAGAAGAAGACGAUCGAGCUGGACGAGGAUGGCGUGACCAUCCGUCUCACCGUUUGUGAUGCGCCCGGGUUCGGCGACAACAUCGAUAACGAAUCGGCAUUCUCGACGAUCAUCGGCUAUCUCGAGAAACAGUACGACGAUAUCCUUGCCGAGGAAUCUCGAAUCAAACGUAACCCGAGAUUCGAAGAUCAACGGAUCCAUGCCUUGCUCUACUUCAUCGCUCCCACCGGUCAUAGUUUGAGGGAAAUGGAUAUCGAGUUGAUGAGACGCUUAUCUCCUCGAGUCAACGUCAUACCGGUGAUCGGAAAAGCGGAUACCCUUACUCCCAGUGAAUUAAAAAGCUUCAAAGAUAGAAUCAUGCAAGACAUCGAGCACUAUUCGAUACCGAUUUAUAACUUUCCGUUUGAUGCUGAAGAAGAUGAUGAUGAAGUAGUGGCUGAAAACUCAGAGCUCAGGGCCUUGUUGCCUUUUGCACUUGUAGGAUCUGAGAAUGAAAUCGAAGUCGGAGGUGAAUUGGUCCGAGCUCGGGAAUAUCCUUGGGGGGUCGUUGAGGUAGACAACCCCGCUCAUAGCGAUUUUCUCCGAUUGAGGACAGCCUUAUUAUCCACUCAUUUAACAGAUCUCAAAGAAAUCACCCAUGAUUUCUUAUACGAGAACUACAGAACUCAAACCUUGAGUAGAGGGGAUGCUGACCAAUUAGAUCAAUCGAUCCAACCUGAAGACAUGGCCAAUCAAUCCUUCAGAUUGAAGGAAGAACAGUUGAAGAAGGAGGAAGAGAAGUUGAAGGAGAUCGAGCUACGUGUCCAACGCGAGAUUAGCGAGAAACGUCAAGAACUCUUGGCUAAAGAAGAGAGUCUUCGAAAUAUGGAGGCUCGUUUGGCACAUGCUUCGAGCGGCCCCUUGGAUGGACAAUAA